AUGGUUCAAUUGGGUUCAAAAGACUCGUCGCUGUUUCGCCAAGUGGUGCGCCACUACGAGAACAAACAGUACAAGAAGGGUAUCAAGACCGCAGACCAGGUUCUUCGCAAGAACCCCAAUCAUGGCGAUACGCAAGCGAUGAAAGCUCUCAUCAUGAGCUGCUUAGGACAGUUGGAGGAGGCCUUUGUUCUAGCGAGGACCGCACUGAAAAAUGACAUGAAGUCGCAUGUCUGCUGGCACGUCUUUGGUUUGCUCUACAGAGCGGAGAAAAACUACGAAGAGGCUAUCAAGGCAUACAAGUUCGCUCUGAGAUUAGAGCCCGAUUCCCAGCCUAUCCAGCGCGAUCUAGCCCUUCUUCAAAUGCAGAUGCGAGACUACCAAGGCUACAUACAGAGCCGCAGCUCGAUGCUUCAAUCUCGCCCAUCGUUACGACAAAACUGGACCGCAUUAGCUAUUGCUCACCACCUCGCUGGAAACCUCACCGAGGCCGAGAAUGUCCUCAAUACGUUUGAAGAGACUCUGAAGACACCGCCCCCAAGGGCGGAUAUGGAGCAUUCGGAAGCUGUUUUGUAUAAGAACUCCAUCAUUGCCGAAUCAGGUGAUCUUGAAAGGGCUCUGGAACACCUGGAAACCGCCGGAAAGCGCAGUUCGGACACGCUCGCAGUGCUGGAAAUGAGAGCAGAUUACCUUUUCCGCUUGGGUCGAAAGGCAGACGCCGAGGCAGCUUACACUGCUCUUCUUGAGAGGAACUCCGAAAACUCGAAUUACUAUGAUAGCUUGAUUAAAGCAAAAGAGAUUGCUCCUACCGACCACAAAUCCCUCAAAGCGGUGUAUGACGAGUGGGCUGAGAAGAACCCUCGGGGUGACGCUCCUCGUCGAAUCCCGCUGGACUUCCUAGAGGGCGACGAGUUCAAGGAUGCAGCCGAUAUCUACCUCCAACGGAUGCUUCGGAAAGGCGUGCCGUCGCUAUUUGCCAAUAUCAAGGUGUUGUACGACAGUCCAGCCAAGCGGGACACCGUUCAAGAACUUGUCGAGGGAUAUGCGUCCGGUAAAGCGCAACCAAACGGGUCCUCGGAUAACAAGACCAAUGGCGAUUCUACCGAUUUCGAGGCUUCUACUUUCUACUUCCUGGCUCAGCACUACAACUACCAUCUUAGUCGCGACUUGCAGAAAGCACUUGCUUAUGUCGAAAAGGCCAUCAACUUGGUCCCCAAGUCCGUGGACUAUUACAUGACCAAGGCAAGGAUAUAUAAGCACUAUGGUAACAUUUCAAAAGCAGCAGAAAUCAUGGAAGAUGCAAGGAAGCUGGACGAGAAAGAUCGACAUAUCAACACAAAGGCGGCUAAAUACCGACUGCGUAAUAACCAAAACGAGUUGGCACUUGACGACAUGAGCAAAUUCACUCGCAAUGAAACUGUCGGUGGCGCUCUCGGCGAUCUUCAUGAGAUGCAGUGUGUGUGGUAUUUGACAGAAGAUGGAGAAGCGUAUCUGCGUCAAAAGAGGCUGGGGCUCGCACUUAAGCGUUUCCAUGCGGUUCAGAAUAUCUUUGACGUAUGGCAAGAGGACCAGUUUGACUUCCAUAGCUUCUCCCUGCGCAAGGGUAUGAUCCGCGCAUAUGUCAGUAUGGUACGUUGGGAAGAUCACCUGAGGGAUCAUCCUUUCUACACAAGAGUAGCGUUGUCUACGAUCAAGGCAUAUGUUCUGCUCCACGACCAGCCUGAUCUUGCCCAUGGCCACAUGUUUGCUAGUCUCAACGGAGCCGAGGGCGAAGACAGGAAGAAGGCGUUGAAAAAGGCAAAGAAGGAGCAGCAAAAACUGGAGAAAGCCGAAGCAGAACGACAAGACUUAAAGAAAGCCAGUGCAGCUACAGCCAAGGGCUCCGAUGGCGAAACCAAGAAGGAAGACACCGAUCCUACGGGCACCAAGUUGGUUCAGACAACUGAUCCUCUUAAGGACUCCCUCAAGUUUCUCGCUCCCUUGCUUGAAUACAGCCCCGAAGACAUUCGCGUGCAAGCCGCCGGAUUUGAGGUCUACAUAAGGAGACAAAAAUACGCGCUUGCCUUGAAAUGUCUCUUGGCUGCCCAUGCCAUUGAUUCUUCCGAUCCGACUCUGCAUGUUCAACUGCUGCGCUUCCGCCUGGCCCUUAACAAUGUCUCAGAGCCGCUGCCCGAGAAGAUUUCCGAUGUUGUCUUAAACGAAUUCGAGGCUAUUUUGCCCAAAUCCGCAGAUCUUCAGAAAUGGAACGAUUCCUAUUUGGCAUCACACAAAACCAGCGCCAACCAUAUCCGGGCCGUCCUGUCGGCACGAUUGUUGCUCACUCCUGAAGCCAAAGCUGAAUCCGAGAAGGAAUUUAUUUCCACUCUCGACCUUGACAGCACAACCAUGGAAACAGCCAUUUCUGGUCUGGACACACUGGAUGAAUGGAAAAGUAGCGCCGCCACGAAACAGGCCUACAUCGAAACGGCCCAGAAGCGGUGGACCGAGGUCUCUGCCUUUAACACUACGGCUUCGUCUUAA